UGUGUUCCCACACUGCAAGAGAGUUGAGUCCAGAGGCACUCUACUGCGUGUGUUUUUUUUCUGUUGUUGAGGAUAUCACACACACUGCAACCAUGGUUGAGAGGUUCGUUGGGACGUGGAAGAUGAUUUCCAGCGAGAACUUUGACGACUACAUGAAGGCAAUUGGUGUGGGAUUUGCAACCCGGCAGGUGGGGAAUCGGACCAAGCCCAAUUUGAUAGUGUCCGUGGACGAUCAAGGGAUUGUAUGCUUGAGGUCUCAGAGCGCAUUCAAGACAACCGAAAUCAAAUUCAAGCUCAACGAGCCAUUCGAUGAGACCACCGCAGACGACAGGAAGACCAGGACUGUGGUGACUCUGGAAAACGGCAAGCUUGUGCAGAAACAGAGCUGGGAUGGCAAAGAAACGAAUAUUGAGAGGGAGGUCACAGAUGGAAAAAUGGUAGCGAAAUGCAUAAUGGGAGACGUAAUCGCAGUGAGAACAUACGUGAAGGAGGCAUGAUGGGGGUCCCUCCGGCCUACUUGUUGGAUGCACUGCUGGAUGACAGGCUCAGUUCAAUGAGCAUUAAACCAAACUAAAGUAAUGGCGUGUUCUGCUCCCCCUAUUCUUUAUCUUCACUGUGUUGCCAAAAAUAAAAUUUAUGUGCCUCUGUUCUCCCACAAGACACAUUUAAUUUCAUUUGGAAUUGUUGUGGUGAUUUGAAUAAAAAUGACUUAAA